UGCAGGUCUUUGUUUGACAAGGAUGGCGAUGGCACAGUUACAACGAAAGAGCUGGGCACAGUCAUUUGGUCACUGGGAUAGAACCCCACAGAGGCAGAACUGUAAGACAUGAUCAAUGAGGUUGAUGCUGAUGGAAAGGGAACCAUUGACUUCUCAGAGUUCUUGACAACGAUGGCCCUGAAAAUGGACACUGACAGUGAGGAAGAGAUCCGUGAAGCUUUCCGGGUAUUUGACAAGGAUGGAAACGGCUACAUUAGUGCAACAGAGCUGCGCCAUGCCAUGACCAACUUGGGCGAGAAACUGACAGAUGAGGAGGUGGACGAGAUGAUGGGAGAAGCAGAUAUCGAUGGUGACGGCCAGGUCAACUAUGAUGAAUUUGUACAAACGAUGACUGCAAAACGAAGCUCUCCAGAUCAUUCCUUAUUGUUCUUAGAAGAAAAAAAAUCAAAUGUUUUAUGUACCUCUUGCAAAAAUGUUCAUUUAUUCAUACUGUUUCUGUAUAGAAAAAAACUGAACGUUGACAUUUUGUCCACACUGGGGUGGGGGCAAGAGUCUUCUUGGCUUUUUGUCUGAAUUCAGUUUACUUCCGUUCCAAGUUGUACAUGCUAGUCUUAAUUUUUUCCAAUAAAAGAUUAUGAACUACAAAAAAAAAAAAUAAAGUGCAGGUCCUCGAGGAAAUGGGGUUCUGAGACUGAGAGCAUUAUUUCCCUGUGUUCCAGUGUCCAAAUAAGAGUUUAAAAUACACGCUGCCUGUGCGUUCUUCUUCACCCCAUCUAAGCUUAUGGCCCUGGGCGCCGCAACACCUAAACACGUCACUCCAGCAUUUCCUUGUGAAAGCUGAAGAAAUAGGAGUGUCUACCUGCUUGCGCAGAUGGGCAUACCUGUAUAACCUGUUUGUUCCAUCCAUGCUUGAACCAUACUGU